AUGCACUCUUGCCUGUGGAGAUGUAUCAUAGUUGCUGUGUCCUUAGUCAUCCUGAGAUUCUACUUUCAAGAGAAUAAAGAACAUGUUGACUAUGGUACAAAAUUGAAGGAAAAGAAGGAAAUCCUUCAGCAGACAGUUCGGGAACAAAUCAACUCUGAAGUCAGUAACCACCUGGAAGUUUUCAGGGAGCUGCAGAAAAACUCCCCUCUGCUCCAGCAUGCCAACUACGAACUCCUGGCUGGAGCCCUUCCCAAGGAAAAGAAACUGCUGACAGUGGGCAUCUCCUCAGUGCAACGCCCCCAAGGGAGCUACCUCCUGGACACCCUGCAGUCCCUGUUCCAAGCUUCCUCCGAAGCUGAGCUGGAGACUAUGGUGGUGCUGGUGCACCUGUCAGACCCUGACCCUGAAUGGCUGGGCCAAGCAGUUGCCAAUAUUUCAGACCUCUUUGAGCCACACAUUGAGGCCAGGGAGCUGCUUGUGAUCCACGGACUUCUGGAUGGCUCCCCACUGAGGAAUGUAAACCAGUCCUCACCCUGUGAAGAACUUGAUUUCAGGCAGAAAGUGGAUUAUGCCCUCCUCAUGAACUUUGCAAGCAACCUCUCUGAUUACUUCCUGUUGAUGGAUGAUAAUGUUCAGUGCACCCUCUAUUUUGUUUCUUCCAUCUACUGGGCAUUAUCAGCCUGGAAAGAAUACCCUUGGGUGAUUGUGGAGUUCUCCAACCUGAGAUUCUCUGGGAAAGUUUUCCACUCUGGUGACCUCUCCCGCCUGGCCUCCUUCUUCCUCCUCUUCCAUGAGCACACUUCAGCUCACUUACUUCUCUCUAGAUUCCAUCUUCUCUUGGCUCAAAAUAGUCCAAUUCAUCUCAGUCCCUCCAUGUUCUACCACAUGGGUAAUUAUUCUGAAUUGGAGGCCACAUGCUUUCCUGUGGAGAAGGACAAGGUCUUUGGUGAGCCAGACAAUCCCACUGCUAUUGUCCUCACUGACAUGGUGUCGAUGCUGAAUAUCAUUCCACUAUAUGCUUAUGUUCUGAAUGAGGAGUCCUACACUACCUUGGAUCCCAUAGAAGGCAACCACCUCACAGUGAUUCUGGAUAGACCACAAAAAAUCCUCCGAAUCGUGGUGCUGACAGGCACUGAGGAAAAUGGGAUGUAUCACCUGCAAAAGGGCAGAGUACUGCUGGGCUAUGACAUCAUGGAGCAACCCAAACACUGUGUUCGUUAUUCCCUGCUAGGGCCACUGGUAGGAGGAAAUUUGGACCAGAGGGUAUUUUAUGAUGAAGAUUCUAUGGAGAAGUUGAGUUGUAUACGACUGGAGGUGUCAGCAUCUCAAGAGCACUGGCUUGUGAUCAGGCAGAUCAAAGUCUGGACAGACCCUGAGGACGAGGAGAGUUAG